ACACGAAAAAGGAGAGACCUUUUUUUUAGGGCUCUCCCCCAUUUUCCAUUGCAUGGAGGGAGAGAGAGCCGAGAAGAAGAGGCCGCUUGCUAUUGACCCGCCGGAGGUACUCAGAGUGAAGAAGACCAAGCCCGCCGACGAGCCACCAAUACGGGCGGCGAUGGGCGGCGGCGAUGAGCUGCCAGAUGAGAAACUUGAGAGGGUGAGCAAUAAGGACCUGGAUGAUUUGAUUGGGCGGCAAAGAGAACAUGUGAAGCUGUUGGCUCCACUAUUGCCAGACAAAGGCGAAAAGCUGAGGGGUCGUUUGAAGAAACUGGAGGAUGAGCAGCGGAGGAGGAUUGAACACCCAGAGAGGGACCACCACCCGCCUCCGAUUCCGGUAUCCAACCCGAAACCGACGGCAGCAAUCCAACCAUACCGGAGCUAAUUUCGCCGCUGCGGGACUCGUUCCACACGGCCGACUUCGACAGAGCCGAACAGGCCUUGAUCCUCAGAGAGGCGAAUCUGAAGAAUCAGAACCGGUUUCUGAGAGAGACGGCCG